GAAGUUAAUAACAGCUACCAGAAUCGAAACUUCCUUUUCACCAGCAAAGUCGACACGGGAAGAUGCACGCUCAAUGCCCGAAGGAACAAGUUUUGAGGCUACCGUGCUCAAACCGUGAGGAACUUUCUGUCCGAGAGAAUGUGGAGGACCGUCAAGUUCAACUAAAUGAGGACUGGUCCAGUUACGCCACAAAAAACAGUCUACCACAGAGCGCAUUGCGCGUUAAGAACGCCACCGAGUCCUGGACGGAUUUCGAAAGCCGGAAGAAGAUGCAGGAAUAUUUCUUUGAGUUGCACGAGCAGAAAGUUGAAAAUGAAAAGCUGCGCAAUGAGAAGGUCACACAGUCGUCGCAAGCACAAAGCAGCGCCGUGAUUGAUAAAUUGUUGGCAUACGAUCGUGAUCGACUAAGCAAACAAACUCCGCAGCAGCACGCGCUUCUGGUGGACUUUUGCAAAUAUCAGCAACAACUGUUUAGCAUGCAAAUAGCCGUGUUGGAGGAAUUUGAGCGUGUUGUUCGGGAAAAGCUCCAUGAAGGAGAAAACGAGCUGCUUUAUUCCAUCGUAACGUCGUGGCACGCUGUUAGCGAGCUGCAGCAGGUGCGCUUGCGCGAACGUAUAGAAGAAGAGCACAGAAAACAGCAGCUACGUGAGCUGAUGGAACAACAGAAAGCCGAAGAAGAGAUGCAGCGCGAGGUUGAACGGAUCGCAAGAGAAAAGCAGAAGGCAGAAGAUGAGAAAGAGCGUGCAGAGACCGCAAAACGCCUGGAACGUAAGCGCCGCGAAGACGAGCGGCGUGCAAAAGCAAGACUGGAGCGCGAACAGCGAAUGAACCAUGAUAGUGCUUCAGAAAGAAACAGUUAA